AUGAUGGUCCGGCGCCCUAAGUGGCGCGUGCUGCUGCUGCUGCAGCAGUUGCUGCUGCUGCUGCUGGUGCUGUCGUGGGUGCCUCCCAACGCAGCAGCAGCAGCAGCAGCAGCGACAGCAGCAGACGCAGCAGCAACAGGUCCUGUGCGGGAAGUGGAUCGCGUAGAAAUAGAUGACGACGAGGCGUUCACAGACUUCAGUGACGAGGGAGAGGAGUUGCUGCUGCCCGGCAGCAGCAGCAGCAGCAGCAGCAGCAGCAGCGGCGGCGGCGGGUCUGAGGAGGAGGGCAGCAGCGGGGACGCAGAGGACGAGGCGGAGUCCGAGGAGCAGCUGCUGGACGCCGACAGCAGCAGCAGCAGCAGCAGCAGCAGCAGCAGCAGCAGCAGCAGCCCGGAGGAGUGGCUGGCGGAAAUUGAAGAAGCAAUUUCCAAUGGAGCCACUCACCGGAUUUACUACAGCAGCGAAGAAGAGCGGUUCUACAGCGCGGAGGUGGACGGCGGCGAGGUGCUGCUGCUGCUGCGGCAGCUGAAGCCGCAGCUGCUGCAGCACUGGCAGCAGCAGCAGCAGCAGCAGCAGCAGCAGCAGCUCGAGGCCGCCUGGACCCGCAUCGAACAGGAAGUGCUGCUGCGCGCAGCUCUCCACAAAAGAGAUGUUUAUCCUCAGUCUUGGUUUUCUCCUUUAUAUCCCGAAGAUGGAAUUCAAACUGGCGCUUUGCUGACGCCGCUGCAGCAGCACGAAGUCGACGAACACGAGGCCGUCGAGCGCGAGCGCCAGCUGCUAAGGGCCCUCGUCGUGGACCUGCUGCAGAGGGAGCAGAAGACAGAGGAAGCAAAAGACUCACACAGCAGCAGCAGCAGCAGCAGCAGCAGCAGCAGCAGCACGACGAGCAGCAGCACGCGGUCGCCAGGAGUUUCCGUGCCGACGCAUCCAAGCGACUCGGCGCCUUCCACUGCUGCAGCAGCAACAGCAGCAAAUGCGGCAGCGCCAACUGCAGCACCUGCAGCAGCUGCUGCUGCCACUCCGCUUGCUGCUGCUGCUGCUCCUGAUAGUUUGCUGCAGCCUCCCCACGGCGCAGCAUCAUCUCUCUCCUCUCGCACCACUGCUGCAGAAACAGGGAGCUCUCCUGCUGCAACAGCUGCUGCUCUCCAAGGGGACGGCCCGAAGAAGGGCCGCAGCAGCAGCAGCAGCAACGGCAGCAGCAGCAGCAGCAGCAACGGCGACGUGCCUGUGCUGUUUGUGCCGGAUGAUGCGCUCGACUUCGCAGCUCUCUUUGCUGCUGGGCGGAUGUCUUUGCUGCAGGCAGGCCAGAGGAGCAGAAGCAGCAGCAGCAGCAAGAACAGCAGCAGCGAAGCAGCAGCAGCGCUGAGUGCAGAGGAGGCUGCGUUUGCUGCAGCUCGAGCUGCAGCAAAAGAAAGAGAAGGCGUGGGUCGUUUAGUGACCAGCUUCGGAGACGCCUACUACUACUUGCGGCUGCUGCUGCGGCUGCCGCAGCAGCAGCAGCAGCAGCAGCAGCAGCAGCAGCAGCGGCAGCGGGAGGAGGACGAAGAGGACCUGGCUUUGCUGCUGCCGGACCCGAUAUCCCCGGAGCCUGUGCACGGGCCCGCAGUGGCUGCGCAGCUGCAGCAGCUGCCGCGGGGGAAGCAGCAAGUGCUGCGAGCAGCAGCAAUUGGAGUUGUUGCUUUUUUGUCGCUUUUUGGAGUUGCUGAUGAGGCCGGCCGUUUGCAGCUGCCUGGCGGCUGGCCGCGGGACUUCUCUUUAGCUGCCAAAGCAAUUGCUGCGGGCCGCAGCGCCAAGCCCCCCUCAGCCCUCUGUCUGCUGCUUGACGGCUUCUUGGCAGCAAUUGGUGUCCCGUCGCUGGUGCUGGGGGCUGAGGGCUGGGCGCUGCAGCACAGCCCCUCUUCGUUGACUCUCUUUCUAGCAGCAAAUAAAGAAGCAGCAGCAGCACCGCCGCUGCAGCAGCCCUUCGACGCCCCGCUGCUGCACAUGCCCAAGUACAGACAGGAGCAGGAGCGCCUCAGCAAAAACAGCACGAGGGGCCGCGCAGUCGUUCCUUUCCGGCUCGUCUUUGCUGCUGCUUUGUCUGCUGCCGCUGCAGCAGCAGCACUUGGGGCCGGCGUGAAG